CGCCCACUUUAACCUUUCAAAUCUCCAAUGCUUUUCAUUAAACCGCCCCUGGUUUCAAUCAAUUUUAUUAAUACCCUUAAACCCUUUUACUAUUUCACUCACCACUACCAUCCACUUCUCAAAAAUCGCAAAAAAUAGAAAAAAAUGGGUUCCCAUAUUGAACUUGGAACUUCUCUACAUCCUUCAUCAAACUCGUCACCCUUACAUCCAAUUGCUUCAAAUUCUGCAACACUUGGUAGACAUUUAGCACGUCGUCUAGUUCAAGUUGGUGUAAAAGAUGUAUUCUCAAUACCUGGUGAUUUUAACCUAUGUUUGUUAGAUCACUUAAUAGCUGAACCAGAACUUAAUUUAGUUGGUUGUUGUAAUGAACUUAAUGCUGGUUAUGCUGCUGAUGGUUAUGCAAGAGCAAAAGGUGUUGGUGCUUGUGUUGUUACCUUUACUGUUGGUGGACUUAGUGUUAUUAAUGCUAUUGCUGGUGCUUAUAGUGAGGAUCUACCUGUGAUAUGCAUUGUCGGUGGUCCUAAUUCUAAUGAUUAUGGUACUAAUCGUAUUCUUCAUCAUACUAUUGGAUUACCUGAUUUUAGUCAAGAACUGCGAUGCUUUCAGACUGUCACUUGUUUCCAGGCUGUGGUUAACAACUUGGAUGAUGCACAUGAGCUAAUUGACACUGCUAUCUCAACUGCUUUGAAGGAAAGCAAGCCAGUUUAUAUCAGUAUUAGCUGUAAUUUGCCUGCAGUUCCUCACCCAACUUUUACUGAAGAGCCUGUGCCGUUCUAUCUUGCACCAAGGAUCAGCAAUCAAAUGGGGCUAGAGGCUGCAGUGGAGGCUACAGCCGAGUUUUUAAACAAGGCUGUAAAACCUGUAAUUGUUGGUGGGCCUAGGUUAAGGGUGUGUAAGGCUCAGCAAGCAUUUGUUGAGCUAGCAGAUGCUAGCGGGUAUGCCAUAUCUGUCAUGCCAUCUGGCAAAGGUCUGAUACCUGAACAUCACCCUCACUUUAUUGGAACGUAUUGGGGUGCCGUCAGUUCCAGCUUCUGCGGGGAAAUUGUGGAGUCAGCUGAUGCUUAUGUUUUUGUUGGCCCCAUCUUUAAUGACUACAGUUCUGUGGGGUACUCGUUGCUUAUCAAGAAGGAGAAGGCUGUAAUUGUACAGCCUAACCGGGUUACCAUUGGCAAUGGUCCUUCUUUUGGCUGUGUGUAUAUGGCAGACUUCUUGACUGCUUUGGCCUCGAAACUGAAGAAGAACACUACAGCUAUGGAAAAUUAUCAACGAAUCUUUGUUCCACAUGGUAUCCCUUUGAAGCGUGAAAUAAAUGAACCUUUGAGAGUAAACAUCCUAUUCAAGCAUAUUCAGGAAAUGCUGAGUGGAGACACGGCAGUUAUUGCGGAAACAGGGGAUUCAUGGUUCAACUGUCAGAAAUUACAUCUCCCAGAAAAUUGCGGAUAUGAAUUCCAGAUGCAGUAUGGAUCCAUCGGAUGGUCAGUAGGUGCCACUCUUGGAUAUGCUCAGGCUGCCAAACAUAAGCGUGUCAUUGCCUGUAUUGGUGAUGGAAGUUUCCAGGUUACAGCUCAGGACGUCUCCACGAUGAUCCGCUGUGGCCAGAAGACUAUCAUAUUCCUCAUUAACAAUGGAGGAUACACAAUUGAAGUUGAAAUCCAUGACGGGCCAUAUAAUGUGAUUAAGAACUGGAACUACACCAAGUUUGUUGACGCUAUCCAUAAUGGUGAAGGAAAAUGUUGGACCACCAAGGUGAAAACAGAGGAGGAGCUGAUCGAAGCAAUCUCAAAAGCAACAGGAGAAGAAAAGGAUAGCUUAUGCUUCAUAGAGGUCUUGGUGCACAAGGAUGAUACGAGCAAAGAACUGUUGGAAUGGGGAUCAAGGGUUUCGGCUGCCAAUAGUCGCCCACCAAAUCCUCAGUAACGACUGUUCAGAAUUAUGUGAGCUGUCAUACAUCGGACCUCGAGUCUAAAUUGGUUUCACAAUUCUAUCUUUCAGUAGGCUUAUAAAGUUUAGAUAAAUAAGAGUCCGAUAAUAAUAUUAGUGAGAGAUUGUAACCGGGAACACCUGGAAUGCACUUCACAUGAAUUUACCAAGCACUCUAGUGAUGUUUUUUUUCUUCUUUUUUUUGAACAAAAGAAACAAAUAUAUUGCA